CCCCCCACUGUAUACUCAAUGGCGUACCUGUUUAAAUAAUAUAAAUAUACUACGCCAUCUUUCUCCAAGUCAACUAUGUAUCCUUUGUGUAUCCUACAUGUUUAUGAUGGCAAUUCUAGCCUUUUGUGGUUGUGGCAUAGGACUACAAUACUGAUACCGAAUUGAGACUGUUCUGAGGGCAAAAGGGGGUGCAACUCAAUAUUAGGAAGGUGUUCUGAGGGCAAAAGGGGGUGCAACUCAAUAUAAGGAAUGUGUUCAGUGUAUAUUGUUCUUUCUCUGCCUCUGGCUCUCUCAGGGGAAGGGGACUGAUUUUGUAAUAUCAUGGAUCAGACUCCUCAGUCACUCAUUCCAGCCCAGGACUCUGGUCCACUGUCCUCCAUUACGGCUCAGCCUGCCCCUCCACAGUCCUCCAUUACGGCUCAGCCUGCCCCAACACAGUCCUCCAUUAUGGCUCAGGGUGGUUCUGUUGUCGCUGCACCCCAGCUUGUUGGCUGCAAUGUCGGAGGUUCAGUUUAUCAAAACAUCAGUGUUACUAUCCCUUCACAUGGUGCUGAUGAAGAGCUGCCAAAAGUCAAGGACAAACACAAGUCCAACAUGAAGAAGAAGUUUGGGAGCAUCUUUGAGGGGCUUGGAAAAUGGGGAAACCCAACAUUGCUUGACAAGAUCUACACAGAGCUCUACAUCACAGCUGGGGAGAGUGAAGGGGUUAAUAAGGAGCAUGAGGUAUGGCAGAUUGAAGAUACGGCUCGGACUAAAGCAUUUCAAGACGAUGCAAUCAACUGCAAUGACAUCUUUAGAUCUUUAGACCCUAAGACAGAGGAACAUAAUGACAAAUCCCAAUCCAAACAAGAGGUACCCAUCAGAACUGUGCUGACAAAGGGCAUCGCUGGCAUUGGAAAAACAGUCUCAGUGCAGAAGUUCAUCCUUGACUGGGCAGAAGGAAUAGCCAAUCAGGAUGUAGAUUUUGUCUUCGCACUUUCAUUUAGGGACUUGAAUUUGAUCAAAGAUGACUGCAAUCUCUUGGAACUCCUGAGUGACUUCCACCCUGAACUAACAGAUAUGAAGGACGCAAAGAAGUUUGCCGACUGCAAAGUCGUGUUCAUCUUUGAUGGCCUCGAUGAAAGUCAACUUCCACUGUGUUUCCAUAACAACAAGAUCUUGUCUAACAUAACCAAGACAACAUCAGUAGAAGUGUUGCUGACAAACCUCAUCAAGGGGAAUCUGCUUCCUGAAGCUCUCCUCUGGAUUACCUCCCGACCAGCAGCAGUUGAUAAGAUACCCUCUGACUGUUUUGACCGUGUAACAGAAGUUCGGGGAUUCAACGACCCACAGAAAGAAGAAUCCUUCAGGAAAAGAUUCAGUGAUGAUGAAAACCUGGCCAGCAGAACGAUCUCCCACAUCAAGACAUCAAGAAGCCUCCACAUCAUGUGCCACAUUCCUGUCUUCUGUUGGAUUACUGCCAUGGUUCUUGGGAAAAUGUUGAGCAAAAAUGACAAUGGAAAAGUACCUAAAACUUUGUCUGAGAUGUACAUUCGCUUCCUACUCACUCUGACAAACAUGAAGAACAAGAAGUACCAUGGGGAAAACCAACCAGAUCCUCGUAAUCUGUCAGAGCCUGACGUACAGAUCAUUCUGAAGCUUGGAAAACUAGCCUUCCAAAACCUGGCAAAGAGCAAUCUGGUGUUUUCUAAAGAAGAUUUGAGAAAGUGUGACGUUGAUGUCAAUGAAGCCUUCUUGCUCUCAGGUAUGUGCACAGAGAUCUUCAGAGAGGAGGACCCAAUGUUUCAAGCAAAGAAGUACAGCUUUGUGCAUCUCAGCAUUCAGGAGUUCUUUGCAGCACUCUAUGUUUCCCACCUCUUUGUCUGUGAAAACAUCAACCCGUUUGUGUCAAGAGAGAUCAGGUUACCAAGAUCGAAUGACUGGUAUUUUGGAGAAGGUGAGGACAUCAGGCCACAACCCAGGGGAUCUCAGCAGCAGCAGAAAACACUGCAUGACUUGCAGAGAAGUGCGGUGGAUGAAGCUUUGAAGAGCAAGACCGGUCAUCUAGACCUCUUCCUCCGCUUCCUUCUGGGCAUCUCACUGGAGUCCAAUCAGAUCCUCUUGAAAAGCCUACGGCUCCAGACAGAGGGAGACACAGAGAGCAUCCAGAAGACCAUCCAGUACAUCAAAGAUAGGCUUUCAGACGAAAAACAAAGACAUUAUCCCUCCCCAGAGAGGUGCAUCAAUCUCUUCCACUGUUUGAUCGAGUUGAACGAUACCUCAUUUGUGAAUGAAAUUCAAAGGUUCUUGACAUCCAAGAACCCUUCUGAGAAGAAGCUGAUGCCUGCACAGUGCUCGGCGAUGGCAUAUGUACUCUUGAUGUCAGAGGAAGUGUUAGACAAACUGGACCUGAGAGAAUACAACACGUCAGAUGAGGGGCGUAAGAGGCUGGUCCCAGCUGUUCGAUGCUGCCAAAAGGCCAUACUAGCAGACUGCCGCCUUACAAUGAGUUACUGUGAAACAGUGGCAUCUGCACUACAGCUGCCUGACUCCCACCUGAGAGAGCUGGACCUCAGCGUCAAUGUCCUGUUGGACCCGAAGCCCCUCUUCGUUGGACUGAGCAGUCCCAACUGCCAACUGGAGUCACUUAACCUGAGCCAUAUCAACAUGGAAAGAUCAGGACCAGAGCUUCUAAAGGCUGUGCUGAUGGGUCCUCACAACCAGCCACUUGUGUUGAGAAUCACCAGUUGUGAUCUCAAAGAUGACAUUUGUGAAACCGUUGCCUCAGCUCUCCAGUCAGCUGGCUCAUGUCUGACAGAGCUGGAUCUCAGCUACAACAAACUGACAGACACCGGGGUGAAGCAGAUCUCCAAUGGUCUUUUGAGUCCACACUGUAAACUGAAGAUCCUGCGAUUGACUGGUUGUGAGGUUACAGAGGAGUCCUGUGGAAUUUUGUCCUCUGCUAUAGCAGUCUCUCAGCUCGAGGAGCUGCGUCUGGGCUGCAACAAACUGGGAGACUCUGGAGUAAAGCUGCUGUCUGCUGGACUGAUGGAUCCACAUUGUCAGAUACAUACUCUGGGGCUAAGGGAGUGUAAUCUCUCCAGACGUUCCUGUGUCUCUCUGGCUCCUGUUCUGUGGUCAUACUCAGUACUGAGAGAGCUGGACCUGAGAGACAACAAUCUGUGGUACUCUGGAAUGAGGCUCCUCUCUGCUGGACUGAGGAACCCCAACUGUAACUUACAGACUCUUAGGCUUUCUGGUUGUCUAGUCACAGAGAAAGGCUGUACAUUUCUUGCCUCCGCUCUGGAAUCAAACCCCUCCCACCUGAGAGAACUUGACCUGAGCUUCAAUCACCCAGGAGACUCCGGAGUGAAGCUGCUCUCUGCUAAACUGGAAGAUCCACACUGUAGACUGGAGAAACUCAGUUUGGACCAUGGUGGAGAGUCCAAAAUCAAACCAGGCCUGAGGAAAUAUGCCUGCCAGCUGAAGAUGGACUUUAGGUUAGCAGAUGAUGACCUGACUCUGUCCGAGGACAACACGAGGGUGGUGAGGAGAACGCAGGUUCACCUAAAUCCUUAUUUUGAUUUCUCGGAUUCAGAUGACUCAGAUUUCUCACAUCGGACCAAAAAGUCGGAUAGGUGGGCCAAAGUACGCUGCAGGGAGCCCCUGUCUGAUGGUCGUUCCUACUGGCAGGUUGAAUGGACUGGCUGGGUUGACAUUGGGGUGACAUAUACACCCAGAUGGGGUAUGGAGAAUAAGAGGUGUUUUGGGCUUUUUUGCUGCAAUGAACAGUACGCAUUUAUUCAUGAUAUCAGGCUCUCAGUUAUAUCAGCACCCAGGCCUGACCCAAAGUGUAUAGGAGUGUAUCUUGACUUUCCAGCCGGCACUCUGUCCUUUUACAGCGUCUCCUCUGGUACACUGACCCACCUGCACACAUUCCACACCAAGUUCACUGAGCCACUCUACCCUCAGUUCAAAAUCAUGUGUGAUGAAAGGGAGAUAUUUGGCUCUGUUAAAAUCCAAACUCUGUGAAUGAAACAAACAGGGAGAGUCUGGAAUGAAACAAACUGGGAGACUCUGGAAUGAAAGCAGCCAUCAUCAGAGUGAAACAUUUUUUAAUAAUGUUAAUGUCUGUAAUUAGAUUUAGUCUGUGUUUUUUGGGGGAGAUUGAAUUGAACUUUACUGAUACUCAGGUGGGAAAUCGAAAUGGUAUAGUCUUACAUGACAUAUGGUGAUGAUGUAAAUAAUGAUUCAUGUCUAAAGUUUUGUAUGGAACUGAGAGUCAUGUUGUUGUGUCUCUGUCUGAUAUAAAGUGAUGAAGAUGACACACACCUGUCUCAUCACAACGACACCACUCAGAGAGAUGACACACACCUGUCUCAUCACAACGACACCGCUCAGAGAGAUGACACACACCUGUCUCAUCACAACGACACCACUCAGAGAGAUGACACACACCUGUCUCAUCACAACGACACCACUCAGAGAGAUGACACACACCUGUCUCAUCACAACGACACCACUCAGAGAGAUGACACACACCUGUCUCAUCACAACGACACCACUCAGAGAGAUGACACACACCUGUCUCAUCACAACGACACCACUCAGAGAGAUGACACACUCCUGUCUCAUCACAACGACACCACUCAGAGAGAUGACACACACCUGUCUCAUCACAACGACACCUCUCAGAGAGAUGACACACACCUGUCUCAUCACAACGACACCUUCACUCAGAGAGAGACCAAUGAUGUUUUGAUUAGAAACCUUUAUGUAAUAAACGUAAUAAAUAUUUACCAUUCACACAUCAUUCAGCUUUGAGUGUGUAAAUGGUCUUUGGAAGUUGUUUGAUGUUUAUAUUAUUUUAUUAUUGUUGUGGUUAUAGUAAACAUUCUGUUUUAUUAUUAAUAUGUUUAUAAUUAUUCAUUUGUGUAAAAGCUAUUUGAGUUUAGUUGAAGCAGCUGAAACCAGGGAAUCCUGCCAGUAAUGGAAGAGAGAGAGAGAGGGGGA